CGGUCCGAUCCGGUUAAAUUGGCCCGAAUUGAUCCGGUCCAGUCCGGUCUUUUUGAAAAUAUAGGGACCAAAGCUUGGAUUGGGUACAGUCCGGUUUUAACCCGGUCCGGUUUUGACCCAGUACGGUCCCAAUCCGGUUUUGACCUGUUUUGACCCAUUUUGACCAUGUUGCAGAAAAUUCAGCAGCAUAUAGACUCUGUUUUGACCCAAACAAUCUCGACGGAGGGCGACGAGAUUGGACGGAGGGCGACGAGAUUGGACGGAGGGCGACGACGAGCUAUAGACUCUGGACAGAGGGCGACGAGAUUGGACGGAGGGCGACGAGCUGCGGACUUUGGUGGUUGCGAGCACUGCCUCGUUGGGUCGGAGGCUUGGAGGGGAGGCCUGCGUCGCAUCACUGGGACAAAGCCGAGGCCGGCGUUGCUUUGCUGGGUCAGAGUCGAGGUCGGCGUCGACUCGCCGCAUUGCUGGGUCAGAGGCGACUGCUGAGGCCGGCUUCGCGGGUCGGGAAUCGGGGUGGAUGAGGCAGGCGUUGCUUCGCGCGGAGGAGAAUCGGAGCAGAGGUGGUCGGCUGGUCGCGGUCUCGCGGAGGAGCACUCGCUGGCAAUUGCGGUCGAUUUAGGGUUUGGGUCGGCGGCGGCUGCUGUGCGAAGUUGGGAUGGGAGAAGUGAUGGUUGGCGAGUACUUGGCCUGCAACUGCGAACGAUGGAGAGGGCGACUAGCGAGAGGCCGAGCGAGGCUUCCUGCAACCCGAGAUGGACUGGGCCGGCUUGGGCCGCUGGGGGUAGUGAGAGUGGGCUUGUCUUGGCCCAUAUGGGCUUUGUCUUUUGGGUCUGGUCUGUUUUUAUUAAUCCGGUCUUCCGGUUUUUACACGGUUUUGACCCGGACUGGAUUGGUCCGGGUUUUUUGCUAAUUCUAAAACCAAAGACGGGAUUGGAUUGUUUUACAUCCGGUCUCGGUCUUAAACGGUCCGGGUUAUGCGGUCCGAUUUCCGGUUUUUUAUCCUGUCCCGGUCCAAAUGGUCAGCCCUAUCGUCACGUACAAUACAACACAUUUGUGGUUCAGAUCUUAUUGUUGUAAUGAGUAAAUACAUUAAUACUAGUUAUCAUAUGUUCCUGAGUCCUGACCAAAUUGUAUGUGUUAUGGGACAAUCCAAGUACCAUAUCGGUAAUACAAGGGAAGGGACCCUUGUAUAUUAGUGUCCACCAAGCUCAUUAGUACGAGGCGUUUUGGGGAGGAUACCCAAGAGUAAAACCGUGCGGGCUUGGCCCAAAGCGGACAAUAUCGUACUAAUUGAGCACCCCGGUUUCGGCAAGUGGUAUAAGAGUCUGGUUCGGUUCGGGGCGGUGGACGUCAGUUUGGUGCGACCCUCAUUUGGUGGCCUCAGGAUUUGCGAUCCGCGUCUGUUUGGCAGAUCAAAGAGAGUUCUGCGUCUGGGCUGUUUGGUGGAUCCAGGAGAGAUCCACGUUUGUUUGACGGAUCAAAGAGAGUUCCGCGUCUGGGAAAAUCCUUGUAACGAGGGGCUACAUCUGGUUUGGCGGAUCAAGGUAGGUCUGCGUCUGUCUGGGGGAUCUAGGAGAGAUCCACGUUUGUUUGGCGGAACAAAGAGAGUUCCGCGUCUGGGAAAAUCCUUGUAAUGAGGGGCUACAUAUGGUUUGGCGGAUCAAGGUAGGUCUGCGUCUAUCUGGGGGAUCUAGGAGAGAUCCACGUUUGUUUGGCUGAUCAAAGAGAGUUCCGCGUCUGGGAAAAUCCUUGUAACGAGAAGCCCAUCGAUACAAGGUGUCUGGCGGAUCAAGAUAAUCGCUGAGGGGAGGACACUAAGUUCGUGGUCCUUGUCUUAAGGGGAGGAUUGUUAUGGGACAAUCCAAGUAACCACAUCGGUAAUACAAGGUAAGGGAUCCU